AGACUCAAAAUUUAACUCUGCUGUUUCCUCUGUCCUUGCUACAUCAGAGAGUUCACUCCAUCCACCACCCCAUGAAGAACCUAAGAUGGUCCGGAAUAAGUGAACACUGAAACCGAUAAUUUUUUUUACCAUUCAUUGACUUAAGCCUUGGGAUGUCUCGAAUAUGUCCCGAGGCGAAGCCCUUGUGCCCUCUAACAUAGACACAAGUCAAAUAAAAAAGAUUCUUUUUUCUAUUUGUGUUAAAAAAAAGGAAGUUGGUGUGAAAUGGGAAAGGGCACAGCUCAUGGCAUAUAUUCCUUCCCUCAUGCAACCCCAUCAAAUGCUUCCAGAUAUGGAGUGAGAUCAUAGGACAGCCCAACAACUCCAAUAUUUAUAAAGAGAGACUCCCAUCUGCCGCAUAUUGAAAACAUAGUUUCUACUAAAAGAAGGAUAAAAAAGAAGAAGAAAAACCCACCAUUGGAGCUUCAGUUUUCUGCCUGUCUCUCUUGCAUAAACAUUGGUCCAGUCUCAUUUGAUCUGGUCUGCUGCAAAAUACUCAAAAUUUAGAGAAUGAAUUCGGUUCUCUCAACUGAUUCAAAGCCUAGGCUGAAGUGGACUCCUGAACUUCAUCAAAGAUUUAUCGAAGCCGUCAAUCAACUCGGAGGGGCAGACAAAGCAACACCAAAGAGUGUGAUGAGGGUCAUGGGGGUUUCUGGACUCACUUUAUAUCAUCUUAAAAGCCAUUUACAGAAAUACAGGCUGGGGAAAUCCCAGCGCACAGAAAUCUGCCUUGGAAAUGAUAAACCAAAUGAUUACGAAGAAAUGCAGAGCAGGAAUGGGAAUUUCAGUAGUGACACAAGUGGAAUUCACAAGCAAAUGAAUGACAUGCGGAUUUCUCAGGCUCUCCAAAUGCAGAUGGAAGCACAAAGAAAGCUUCAUGAACAAAUUGAGGUCCAGAGACAUUUACAUCUUAGAAUUGAAGCUCAAGGGAAGUACUUGCAAUCAGUAUUAAAGAAAGCACAAGAAACAUUGGCUGAAUAUAGAUCUUCUGUUGGUGUAGUGAUUGCCAGAGCUGAACUCUUUCAACUAGUCUCAAUGGUUAACACCGGCUGCACAAGUUCUUCGUUUUCGGAACUAACCGAUGUAGGAGGUUCAGGCUCAAUCGGAAGAGAAAGAAAGGCUACAAGUACUAUGUGUUCAAUGGAGAGCUCAUUGACAUCUUCCGAGAACUCGGGGCAAGAGGACAACAGGACACUAAAAAAUGAGAAUAUUUGUACCCCAAAUGUUGAACUUUCCUUGGACUUCAACCAGAAAGGGAAGCCUUUGAGAGGUUCAAGCAAACAAGCUAAUGGAAAGAAAAGAAAUAUGACCAACAAUUCUGAUGGUAUAUGUGCUGAGCAAUCACUACCUAUAAGAUUGGAGCUAUGCGAGGAGGAAACCGGUAGCCGUUCGAGGAAGCCCAGAUACUUGGGUUCAUUUGAUCUCAACAGUCAAUGCCACAAUGAUACCAAACCAGGUCCGAAUGCAAUAGACUUGAACUGCAGCGAAUAGAUCCAUUCAAUGGGCACGGUCGAACUUUUACAAUGCUUGGUUGCUGUUAGUAAUAUAGUGUAAGCAAUGAACUUGAUUAUUUAGAACCAAUCCCUUAUGUCCAUAAACCAACUAUAUUGUUAUAUGUAUUUAACUUCAUGAGCUUCU